CGUUCCCGGAAGUGCACCGAAAACCGGGAGUACAGUUGAAGGAAAUAAUAUCUCAGCAGUUUGCGCGCCAAUUAUUUUCCACUGGUUGGCUGGCGGUUUGACGGGAAUUCGGAGAAGCUUUGCAAAAUAGCGUGUUAAAAUAUGAUCCAUUGAUAGCACAAAUUUGUUGGUCUAGUUUGUUCCCACAAACGGAAGCCGCCGCAGCAAUCAAACCAACAAGUCAAAGAACACGAAACAAACAACAACCGACGAAUCGAACAGACUGACCCGUGGCAUGUGGUGUGUGGGUGGUAACGUUGUUAUCGUUGGUAUCCUUUCGGAAUUUAUAAUUUUAUGCUUCCGCCGGUUUCGGUUCACCACAUACCGGAUAACAAAUAUCCAGCUGGCAACAUAAAUAAGCAAAGUGCAGCAAAAACCUGGUCAUCGAAGUUCUGAAAACAAAAAUCCACGGAUGCAGGUUUCCAAUCGAUAAUGAUUUUAAUUUGAAAUUGGUACCAUCUUCCGGUAAGCACAUGGACAAACAAACUGAAGGUCACCGAAGUCGGAGACAGACGGUAAAUUGAAAACAAAUUUCCAACGAGCAAACCACAACCAAACCAAAAAAUGAAAGUGUUCGACAUUUCAACUGGUAAAUCGGCGACACUAUCUCCGGGGGACUCGGAAGGUAUAAGCGUUAAAAUCGACGGCAGUUAUCUGGAGGAUGACCGUUCGCCAUUGCCACGGUAUCUGCUGGCGAACACGGGCUCCUCCUGACGGCGCUCUUCGCCCUCGAUUGCACCAUCCUCCCGUCCGUCCCGGCAAUCGGAAUCGGAUAUGGUGAUGGCUCCGGAGCAAACACAAAAAGUGACCAUCUAUGGUUGUGUCAAGUUCAACCCCAAUUCCAGAACUGGCCGUCGCUGGUUCAUGUGUCACAUGAUUGUGGUGCUGCUGGUUCCAAUCGUGGCCGUCGUCCUGCAAAAUGCCAUGCUGCUGAGCCAACAUUCAAUCAAAUACGAAAAAACGAAACUGGUCGAUGGAGAAAUCCAUACGACAAUGAGCAUGGCAGUUCUGGUGGGUGCGGUACAGAAAGAACGCAGACUGUUGACCUAUUUCGUACUGACCGGGAGAAACCGGGCUGAUGCCGAGCAAUCUAUAUCCCAGACGGACCUAAUUCUGGAACAAUUGUACGACCGAAAUCCAACGUGGGACAUGAAAUUUGGCAAAGGUUCAAAUCAAACGAUAGCAGAAGAUUUGAGCGAAACGAGGAAUCUAUUGCUAAGAUCACAUUUGCCGUUGCGAAAUAAUGAAACCUCGUGUGUGUCAAACUUUGAGUCCUACAACGAGCUAAACCGUCAUCUGGUUGACCAAAUUAGUCAAAGUUUAGGCUUUUUCCUAAGUGGAUCUGUGUGGCGUCAAUUGGUCGUAUACAAGAACGUGAUCGAGGCAACGGAGAAUAUCAACAUUGCCUCGAUUCUGGUACUGCAAUUCAUUAAACGAGGCUGUCUCAGCCUGAACGAUUUCGCCCAAUUCGUCCGAAGGGAUGCCGCAGCCAUGGAUCAUCUGCGAUCGGCGGAGAACUUCAUGACGAACAUCAUCAUCGUGCGGACUCAGGAAUUUCAAAUGGUUAAUAAAUGGCGACACUACAUACUGAUCAACUCGUCGGCUGAGGAAGGAGAGGACGCAUCCGCCGAGUACUACCAGUCCGUCAACGCACUCAUGGAUAAUCUGCAGAGUCUACAGGUCGAUCUACAGGCCACGGUACAGACAACGGUCGAAGAUGAAAUGCGAGGUGCUCGCAUGUAUCAGACCAUUUCAUUCGUUAUGGUAUUCAUGAUCGUUCUCAUUAGCCCAUUGCUAGUACUGAUGGUUAGAAAUGCGACCAACACGAUUCAGAAUUUCUCAACCCAGCUUGUGACCCGCACCAUGGAACUACGUACCGAAAAGGGCAAAGCCGAUCGACUGCUGUACCAGAUGCUUCCACCGGCGGUGGUACGCCAGUUGAAACAACAACGUCAAGUUCCGGCCGAAACGUUCGAUUCGGUUACGAUCUUCUUCAGUGACAUCGUCGGUUUCACCUACAUCUCAGCUGUCAGUAGUGCGAUGGAGGUGGUCACAAUGUUGAACACACUUUACCGACUUUUUGAUUCGAUCAUUUUGAAGUACGACGUUUACAAGGUUGAAACUAUCGGCGACGCAUACAUGGUCGUUUCCGGGCUUCCCCAGCGUAACGGAGACAAGCACGCCGGGGAGAUCGCAAUGAUGUCACUGGAUCUGCUCUGUGGGAUUUCCGGAUUCAUUAUUCCUCAUAUGCGAAACCGGACGCUCGAAAUUAGAGUUGGAAUCAACACUGGACCUUGUGUUGCAGGGGUAGUCGGAACAACGAUGCCGCGAUACUGUUUGUUUGGCGACACGAUCAAUACCGCUUCCCGUAUGGAGUCUACCGGUGAACCCAUGAAGGUGCACAUUUCAGAAAAUACCAAGCGAGUCCUGGAUAAAAUUGGCGGGUUCAAGAUCAAACUACGCGGAUCGGUCGAGGUCAAAGGGAAAGGCGAAAUGGAAACAUUCUGGCUGGUCGGUCAUACGGUUUUCGCACAUUUAUCACCCGAAACAGCUAUUCCCAUCUACAAGCCAAGUAUUGUAACGGAACCAGAAUUUCUACAGAUGAUUUCAUAAAAGUUUUGUUCGGUAGUUUAGUGUUUCCGCUGGGAACCGAGACCAAAUCAGGUUUUGUCAAUCUGCUGUUAUUCCAUGUUCACAUUAACGCUGAUUAAAAAUCACAAUUUCUGAAACAAGCAAUCGAUAAUAGGAGUUUGUAGCCUUAGAGCAAAUUCAGCAGCUAGAAGUUUUAUAUGGGAGAUCUAUAAUGACGUUUUCGAUUGAGCAAACUGAAACUGAUCCAGGGUAGUUUCAUAAAACAAACGGUUUUCACGAAACUGAGCUGGGUUCGCUCUUUAAGUUGCUAAUAGCAAAAGGGUACCCACAUUAUCGAAAUGACGGAAUGCGUAAUGAAUUCUUACUCGACUGCAUGAUUUUCCAGUGCUAGAAUUUUCGCCUGAAUUGGCUGCUCGAUCAACUCGAUUAACAGUGACAUUAUAAAUGUCAUUGAAUAUUCGCUCAUUUCAUGAAUGUGUUAGUGUAAAAUUUAGGCGCGUUAAGCCAUUUCACUACACUGCAGCUAGAGGAAUGGAUGAUGCGGACUAAGGUAGGCCGUUUUGUUAAUUUUCAGCGAAUUUCUACAGUUUAUGUUGGAAUUCUAAGAAGAACUGGUUAUUUACUAGUUCUGUAUAUUCAAAAAACAUGAAGAUUUAAAUUUGUAUAUUCAGUUAUGUAAUGUUUUCAUUUAAAAAUAAACUGAAAAUCAGCACGAAAGCGUGCAAAAUCGGAAAAGAAGAAUAACCAGAGUUGACAAUUCAGUCCGCAUCUUCUCACUCAAUUCCGACAGAUUUCCGAAUCAACCGGUUGUAGGCGAAAUUCAUUCGGAAUCGGUUGUUGCACUGGAGUUGGAAUUGAUUAGGAAUUCCACAUGGAAUUCCGAAUGAAAAUUUCUCGCCGAUUCGGAAUUGAUUCGGAAUCCAUUCGAAUCUGAUAAUGUGGGUAUGAGCAAACCCGACAGAAGAGCAAAGUUCUGCAGCUGCAAGAUUCAUAUGGGUGGUCUGUAAUAUAACUGAAACUGAAACAAACAUUUCCCCAGCAAGCAAGUUUUAGUUUUAUUUAUUCGAACAGUUCUACUGUCAAAUUUAAAACUGGUAUACGCUGCCGUUCUAUUUUUUCUAUAUUUAAAACACCCAUAGAACGCUGUUGGGCUGCCAGUUUAUUUGGUUAUAAUUUCUAACUAGAACUGGAACACUCCUGAAUAUGCCCUAAGCAACAGGUUCGAACCUGGCUUCAAGCAAACAAUUUGACAGCAGUUAGGGUGAAAGAUUUGACAUCAAGCGAAAAUGACAUAAUAGAACUAAAACUGAAACAAACGUAUUCCCAACAAGCCGUUUUAGUUUCAUUCGGAAUUCCAUGUGGAAAUCAUAAUGAAUUCCGAAUAAAUUCCAACUCCAGUGCAAUAAACGAUUCCGAAUGAAUUUCGACUACAACCGGUUGGUUCGGAAAUCUAUUGGAAUUGAGUGAGAAGAUGCGGACUGAAUUGUCAAUUCGUUUUCUUCUUAUUCUUUUCUCGAUUUUGCACGUUUUCGUGCUGAUUUUCAGUUUAUUCCUAAAUAAAAAAAUUUCAUAACUGAGUGUAUAAAUUGAAAUCUUCAAGUUUUUCGGAUGUACAGAACUAGUAAAUAACCAGUUAUUCUUAGAAUUCCAGCACAAAGUGUUGAAAUUUGCUGGAAAUCAACCAAAAGGCCUACCUAGCAUCACCCUUUCCUCUAGCUGAAGUGUAAUGAAAUGGUGUAAGUCGCCUAACUUUUACACUAAUACAUUCAUAAAAUGAGCUAAAUAUCAAUGACAUUUAUAUUGUCACUGUCAAUCGGGUUGAUCUAGUACCCAGAAACCCACUUGUACGCGGGGGGCAGAUAUCCCCCCAGACGGCUGGGCCAAAGUUUGCCAAAGUCUGGCAACAAUUCCAUAACCGUUUCCGGCAGACAAUCUCGCCUAGCGGUUAUUAUAGGUUCUGUUUCUGUCGGAUUCUUGCCAUACGAGAAUCGUUUAGAAUCGGUUUUACAUUUUUAGCGUCUUGGUUUUAUUUUUUCAAUAAAAAGUACAUAUAAAAGGCAAUAAGUUAUUGCCCUUCAUAUAUACUAAUUAUGGGAAAUGUUAUUGCCAAUAACAUUAAUUUCUCACUACCAAUCAUACCCACAUUUCAAUCUCAUUUACCUCGUCUCAAGAUUCGUUUUUUGUAUGUACAUGAGGGAUUGACAAAUAUCAAAUGAAGUCGAAUAAAAAAAAGAAUAAAGGAGGAAGAGAGAAAUAAACAAGACACGUACGGCGAGAUAUGGACGCAGUCAGCCUUCUGACGGUUGCCAGAAUUCGGAACGAGCCGUCGAUUACCCGCUUGUGAGGAAUAUUCUUUUUUUCUUUUUUUUUAUUCAACUUCAUUUUAAUUUCGUCAAUCCCGCAUGUACGUACAAAAAACUAAUCUUGAGACGAGGUAAAUGAGAUUGAAAUAUGGGUAUGUUUGGUAUAGAGUGCCUAUAACCAGAGUGACGCCAUCUCAUCUGUAAUUUUGGCAACAAUUCAAAACAUUCCAUUAGCUUUACAUUGAAUUGACAGGUCGUUUGCUCGUUUGGAACUGGGAGCUGUCAUUCCAAACGAACAGCUGUCGCCACUCUGAUUAUAGUCACUCUAGUUUGGUAGUGAGAAAGCAAUGUUAUUAGCAACAACAUUUUCCAUUAUUAGUAUAUAUGAAGGGCAAUAAC